UGUCGCCGCCUUAACUUUUUUGUUCCUCCAGGAGGUUGUAACCCGAGGAGAGUCUACAAGAACCCGAGUCCCGGGCAAACAGUAGCUACUAAUAGUAAUUAGCCAAAACUUGACAGUAACAAUAGCUAUAACAGAAACGGCCAUGAAGUUGUCUAUUAUUCGUAGUGCUUGCGGUAGCCUACGGGCGCAUCCAGCCCGUUCAGGAAGCAGGGUCAACGGCUUGCCGAGGAGAUGCCUACCGGUUGGUGCUGCCAACGGCCGGUUGAUCUUCCGAACGGCAAGCACGACAACCAGCGGAGGUACCAACCGGAAAAUAGCCGUUAACUUUGGGAAACAACCACGACCGAAUGAUGGGUUUGAAUUCGACAGUUCUCUGAGUGAAGUGGUUCAGAGCACCAAGGAGGCAAUGGUGGCUCUACAGAGAAGAAAUCCUACUAUACAGCCACUGCUGGCCAUUAUACAGGCAGGUGAAGAUGACAGCUUGCUAGAGGUCAACAAGAAAAUGGCUGGCAGGAUUGGCUUAAACAUCACUCAGAUUUGUCUGGGAAAGGAGUGCAGUGAGGAUGAAAUUGUUGAGGAGGUGUUGAAGCUGAAUGAAGACCCAAGGGUGCAUGGAGUCUACCUCCACCUACCCCCCGGCUCCCUCACCAGUCGAGUGCUGAAUGCACUCAGACCUGAGAAGGAUGUAGACGGGAUAACAGAUUUGAAUAUAGGCCGUCUGGUACGAGGAGACCUGAGCAAAGGCUUUGUGCCUCCUUUAGCCAGCACUGUCCUGGAUCUGCUGGAGAAACAUGAUGCUCUUUUAGAGGGAAAAACUGCGCUGCUGGUUGGAGAGGAAGAACCCCUUGGUGUGGCCCUGCAGUGCCUGAUUGAGAGAAGUGGAAUGGUAGCUCUGAAGAGUUCCUGGAGCUCCAAGAGCCUUCAGAGACAGGUGAUGCAGGCUGAUGCCGUUGUCCUGUUGGGUGCAGGGAAUAUGGAUGUCCCGCCUGCUUGGGUUCGACCAGGAGUUGCUGUGAUCCGCUGUGAGACGGAUGAAAAUGUGAUUGAGAUGCCGUCUGAGUUAGGAUACCUCACAGCAGCUUACAGAACACAGAACGUAGUGCGUAGUUGCAGUCGAUGGCUCCAGGACCAACAAUACCGACCCUGGUGUCUGCGCAGCCUUAAAUUGCUGCCACUGACCCCUGUACCAAGUGACAUAGAGAUUUCCAGAGCUCAGGCUCCAAAGCCAGUCAACCAACUGGCUGAUGAGAUCGGUUUACUGCCUGAAGAGCUUGAAGCUUACGGCAGGAACAAAGCUAAGGUCCAACUCUCUCUGUUAGAUCGCCUUCACACACAGCCUGAUGGGAAAUAUGUACUGGUUGCUGGGAUAACUCCCACCCCACUGGGUGAAGGUAAAAGCACAGUGACCAUCGGCCUGGUCCAGGCUCUGUCUGCCCACCUGAAGAUGAACUCUUUUGCCUGUCUUCGACAACCUUCACAGGGACCCACAUUUGGAGUUAAAGGGGGAGCUGCAGGAGGUGGAUAUGCCCAGGUCAUCCCUAUGGAGGAAUUCAACCUCCAUCUGACCGGCGAUAUUCAUGCCAUCACAGCAGCCAAUAACCUGGUAGCAGCGGCCAUCGAUGCCAGGAUGCUCCAUGAGGCAACCCAGUCAGACAAGGCCCUGUUCAACAGGCUGGUUCCUUCAGUGAAUGGAGUGAGACGAUUUUCCCCCAUUCAAAUCUCCAGGCUUAAUCGUCUGGGAAUCAAUAAAACAGAUCCUGCUUCUCUUACACCCCAGGAGGUUAGCAGCUUUGUGCGUCUUGAUCUUGACCCCUCCAAGAUCACAUGGCAGAGAGUUGUUGACACUAAUGACCGUUUCUUGAGGAGGAUCACGGUGGGACAGGCGAGCACUGAAAAAGGACAAAUCAGAGAGACUGGCUUUGACAUCGCAGUGGCCAGUGAGAUCAUGGCCAUCCUCGCUCUGGCAGACAGCCUGGAGGACAUGAAGAACAGACUGGCGCGCAUGGUGGUGGGGACCAGCCGUUCUGGACAGCCUGUCACCGCUGAGGACCUGGGCGUAAGUGGAGCUCUGGCUGUGCUAAUGAAAGAUGCCAUCAAGCCUACGUUGAUGCAGACCCUUGAGGGUACACCAGUGUUUGUCCACGCCGGGCCCUUUGCCAACAUCGCCCAUGGCAACUCCUCGGUGCUGGCAGACAAGCUAGCUUUGAAGUUGGUGGGACGGGAUGGCUUUGUGGUGACAGAAGCUGGUUUUGGGGCGGACAUUGGGAUGGAGAAAUUCUUCAACAUCAAAUGUCGUGCUUCAGGGCUCAGACCAAACGUGGUGGUGUUGGUUGCAACAGUCCGAGCAUUGAAGAUGCACGGUGGGGGACCAAAUGUGUCAGCUGGUGCACCUCUUCCCAGAGAAUACAUUGAUGAGAAUCUCAGCUUGGUUGCAGGUGGUUGCCGCAGCAAUCUCAGGAAGCAGAUCCAAAUUGCACACAUGUUUGGGGUGCCAGUUGUAGUGGCACUCAAUGUCUUCAAGACUGACACUCAGGCAGAAAUUGACCUUGUAUGCCAGAUAGCCAAAGAGUGUGGAGCAUCAGAUGCUGUGCCAUGCCAUCACUGGGCUCAGGGCGGGCGAGGAUCGAUAGAGCUAGCACAGGCUGUGAAUGAGGCUGCUAGCAGGCCAAGUGACUUCAAGUUCCUCUACCACACAGAGAUGCCGAUAGUGGAGAAGAUCAGGACAAUCGCCCAGAGAGUGUAUGGAGCUGAUGACAUCGAGCUGUCUCCAGAGGCCGAGGCCAAGAUAGAUUACUACAAUCAACAGGGUUAUGGUUCACUGCCUAUCUGCAUGGCUAAGACUCACCUGUCCCUGUCACACAUGCCUGACAAGAAGGGCGUCCCCACUGGAUUCGUUUUGCCAAUUAGAGAUGUUCGUGCCAGUAUCGGGGCUGGCUUCAUCUACCCACUUGUGGGGACUAUGAGCACCAUGCCUGGUCUGCCUACCCGUCCCUGCUUCUACGACAUUGACCUUGACCCGGUCACAGAGGAGAUCACUGGGCUCUUCUGAGCAUGCUCCAGUUAAGGACAUAGAGACAGGAUCUUCAGCUCCAUCCGGGCAUUCUUAACUCCCACCAAAUCACAUUAACAUGCUGUGGAAAGGAAAAGAGACAUCAGUGAAGCCUGGUCUUUAUGCUGUGUUUGCACAUUUGUGUGAUAUGCCAAAGAUGAUCUCCUA